AUGAUGACAUCCUUCUACGUGCCCUCGGGCCAACAACGAUCGCUCCGCGCCUGCAUGGUCUGCUCUAUCGUCCAAGUGCACAGCAAAUUUAUGCGCGAAGGCUGCCCCAACUGCGACCACAUCCUCGGUCUAGCAGGUAAUGGAGAGAAGAUCCAGCAAUGCACAUCACAGGUGUUCGAAGGACUGAUAACGCUGGCAGACCAGCGCGCAUCGUGGGUGGCGCGAUGGCAGCGGUUGGAUGGGUAUGUGCCUGGUACGUAUGCGGUUAAGGUUACUGGCACGCUACCACCAGGCGUGCUGGGUGAUUUAGAGGAUGCGGGUUUUAGGUAUAUUCCGAGAGAUGGAAGCUCCAUCGAUGAGGAGGGUUGA